AUGGGUUUUCUUGCACAAAAUAAUGUGAAUGUCCUUCCUUGGCCGACUCAUUCACCGGAUGUAGUACCGAUAGAACAUGUGUGGGAUGAAAUUGUGAGAAGAAUCGCUGCUGGUGGAGCUCCGUUGAUGUUGGAGCUGGAACAAAGACUUUUCAGGAAUGGACCAAUUUGCUCAGGCGCUCUUCCACACUCUCUGCAAUUCCAUGAGACAACGUUGCACAGUCUGUAUCAGUGCCCAAGGGCUCAGUACACAGCACGCCAAAAACACAUGGGUGCUGACAUUUUUGUAACAAUUGCCGAGAAAAAGACUAAAAAGUAUUUCUGGUAUGGAACGUGGGCGGAACAUGUGGUGCAGCGAGUUCAUACAUUCUCUUGCGUCAUGUACAAAGGAACAGUGUUUCUGCUGCUAACUGUCCUUUCAAAAUUAUGUGGAGGAUGUGUAAAUGGAGGUUAUCCUAAGCAAAAUGGAGAAGGACAAAAUCUGAAAUGUGUGCCAGGCAUGUCUCAGUGUGGAAUUGGAUAUUUGUGUGAGAUAGACAAGUGCUGUCCUGUACCCAUACAGACAGGAGGAUGUGUUAAUGGAGGUUAUCCUAAGCAAAAUGGAGAAGGACAAAAUCUGAAAUGUGUGCCAGGCAUGUCUCAGUGUGGAAUUGGAUAUUUGUGUGAGAUAGACAAGUGCUGUCCUGUACCCAUACAGACAGGACCAUGUCCUAAUGGUGGGAUGCCAGCACAGAUUGAUGGUACAGAUAAACAGUGUGACAGAGAUGUGGACUGUGGAGGAAGCUACCAGUGUACCAAUAACUAUUGUUGUCCAGUCACUAUACAAUCUGGGAUGUGUCCAUUUGAUGGAAUCCCACAGAUGACAGAGAUGGGAGAACCUCGCAUGUGUAACAAGACCUCUAAAUGUAUGUCAGAGUUAUAUGGUUGUGAGGGAGUGUACUGCUGUCCCCGGAGAUUUUCUACUGAUGGAAUAUGCCCUGGAGAUGCCUCACCAGAAUUCAUGGAUGGAGUUGUGAGGACAUGCCCUAACAACAACAGGUGUGGAGGAGGAUACAGCUGUCAGUUUGGCCACUGUUGUCCCUUCAGGGUCUUUACAGGUGUUUGUGCCAAUGGGGGAAACGCAAUGAUGGAGGAUGGCAAAAUGGUCAUGUGUUCAGAGGAGAAGCCAUGUGACCAAUCAGGUUAUACAUAUUACUGUCCUAACGGUGGUACACCAGCAUACUAUGAUGGUCGCCCCGGAACUUGUCACUCUAACAAGUCAUGUGAUGACGUGAUGUACACCUGUGAUGGGGGCUACUGUUGUCCUUCGAGUGUUGUCUUUGAUGGUCCUUGUCCCAGCGGUGGGAUGGCAGCACAGAUUGAUGGUACAGCUAUACAGUGUGACAGAGAUGUGGACUGUGGAGGAAGCUACCAGUGUACCAAUAACUAUUGUUGUCCAGUCACUGUACAAUCUGGGAAGUGUCCAUUUGAUGGAAUCCCACAGAUGACAGAGAUGGGAGAACCUCGCAUGUGUAACAUGACCUCUCAAUGUAUGUCAGAGUCAUAUGGUUGUGAGGGAGGGUUCUGCUGUCCCCAGAGAUUCUCUACUGAGGGAAUAUGCCCCGGAGAUGCCUCACCAGAAAUUAUGGAUGGUGCUGUAAGGACAUGCCCUAACAACAACAGGUGUGGAGGAGGAUACAGCUGUCAAUUCGGCCACUGUUGUCCUGUCAGGGUCUUUACAGGUGUUUGUGCCAACGGAGGAAAUGUGUCGAUGGAGGAUGGUAAAAUGGUCAUGUGUUCACCGGAGAAGCCAUGUAACCAAUCAGGAUAUACAUGUAAUAGAGCAGGUUACUGUUGUCCAGCUAAAGUCUACAAAGGUUACUGUCCUAAUGGUGGUAAACCAGCAUACCAUGAUGACCGACCGAAAACUUGUCAUGAUAACAAGUCAUGUGAUGGAGGGAUGUACCACUGUGAUGGUGGCUACUGUUGUCCUCAGAGUGUUGCCUUCAGUGGACCAUGUCCUAAUGGUGGGAUGGCAGCACAGAUUGACGGUACAGAUAAACAGUGUGACAGAGAUGUGGACUGUGGAGGAAGCUACCAGUGUACCAAUAACUAUUGUUGUCCAGUCACUAUACAAUCUGGGAUGUGUCCAUUUGAUGGAAUCCCACAGAUGACAGAGAUGGGAGAACCUCGCAUGUGUAACAAGACCUCUAAAUGUAUGUCGAAGUCAUAUGGUUGUGAGGGAGUGUACUGCUGUCCCCGGAGAUUUUCUACUGAUGGAAUAUGCCCCGGAGAUGCCUCACCAGAAAUUAUGGAUGGUGCUGUAAGGACAUGCCCUAACAACAACAGGUGUGGAGGAGGAUACAGCUGUCAAUUCGGCCACUGUUGUCCUGUCAGGGUCUUUACAGGUGUUUGUGCCAACGGAGGAAAUGUGUCGAUGGAGGAUGGUAAAAUGGUCAUGUGUUCACCGGAAAAGCCAUGUAACCAAUCAGGAUAUACAUGUAAUAGAGCAGGUUACUGUUGUCCAGCGAAAGUCUACAAAGGUUACUGUCCUAAUGGUGGUAAACCAGCAUACCAUGAUGACCGACCGAAAACUUGUCAUGAUAACAAGUCAUGUGAUGGAGGGAUGUACCACUGUGAUGGUGGCUACUGUUGUCCUCAGAGUGUUGCCUUCAGUGGACCAUGUCCUAAUGGUGGGAUGGCAGCACAGAUUGACGGUACAGAUAAACAGUGUGACAGAGAUGUGGACUGUGGAGGAAGCUACCAGUGUACCAAUAACUAUUGUUGUCCAGUCACUAUACAAUCUGGGAUGUGUCCAUUUGAUGGAAUCCCACAGAUGACAGAGAUGGGAGAACCUCGCAUGUGUAACAAGACCUCUAAAUGUAUGUCGAAGUCAUAUGGUUGUGAGGGAGUGUACUGCUGUCCCCGGAGAUUCUCUACUGAUGGAAUAUGCCCCGGAGAUGCCUCACCAGAAAUUAUGGAUGGUGCUGUAAGGACAUGCCCUAACAACAACAGGUGUGGAGGAGGAUACAGCUGUCAAUUCGGCCACUGUUGUCCUGUCAGGGUCUUUACAGGUGUUUGUGCCAACGGAGGAAAUGUGUCGAUGGAGGAUGGUAAAAUGGUCAUGUGUUCAGAGGAGAAGCCAUGUGACCAAUCAGGAUAUACAUGUAAUAGAGCAGGUUACUGUUGUCCAGCUAAAGUCUACAAAGGUUACUGUCCUAAUGGUGGUAAACCAGCAUACCAUGAUGACCGACCGAAAACUUGUCAUGAUAACAAGUCAUGUGAUGGAGGGAUGUACCACUGUGAUGGUGGCUACUGUUGUCCUCAGAGUGUUGCCUUCAGUGGACCAUGUCCUAAUGGUGGGAUGGCAGCACAGAUUGACGGUACAGAUAAACAGUGUGACAGAGAUGUGGACUGUGGAGGAAGCUACCAGUGUACCAAUAACUAUUGUUGUCCAGUCACUAUACAAUCUGGGAUGUGUCCAUUUGAUGGAAUCCCACAGAUGACAGAGAUGGGAGAACCUCGCAUGUGUAACAAGACCUCUAAAUGUAUGUCGAAGUCAUAUGGUUGUGAGGGAGUGUACUGCUGUCCCCGGAGAUUUUCUACUGAUGGAAUAUGCCCCGGAGAUGCCUCACCAGAAAUUAUGGAUGGUGCUGUAAGGACAUGCCCUAACAACAAGAGGUGUGGAGGAGGAUACAGCUGUCAAUUCGGCCACUGUUGUCCUGUCAGGGUCUUUACAGGUGUUUGUGCCAACGGAGGAAAUGUGUCAAUGGAGGAUGGUAAAAUGGUCAUGUGUUCACCGGAAAAGCCAUGUAACCAAUCAGGAUAUACAUGUAAUAGAGCAGGUUACUGUUGUCCAGCGAAAGUCUACAAAGGUUACUGUCCUAAUGGUGGUAAACCAGCAUACCAUGAUGGCCGACCCGCAACUUGUCAUGCUAACAAGUCAUGUGAUGGAGGGAUGUACCACUGUGAUGGUGGCUACUGUUGUCCUCCGAGAGUUGCCUUCAGUGGACCAUGUCCUAAUGGUGGGAUGGCAGCACGGAUUGACGGUACAGAUAAACAGUGUGACAGAGAUGUGGACUGUGGAGGAAGCUACCAGUGUACCAAUAACUAUUGUUGUCCAGUCACUGUACAAUCUGGGAUGUGUCCAUUUGAUGGAAUCCCGAAGAUGACAGAGAUGGGAGAACCUCGCAUGUGUAACAGGACCUCUCAAUGUAUGUCAAAGUCAUAUGGUUGUGAGGAAGUGUUCUGCUGUCCCCGGAGAUUCUCUACUGAUGGUAUAUGUCCUGGAGAUGCCUCACCAGAAAUUAUGGAUGGUGUUGUAAGGACAUGCCCUAACAACAAGAGGUGUGGAGGAGGAUACAGCUGUCAAUUUGGCCACUGUUGUCCUGUCAGGGUUUUUACAGGUGUUUGUGCCAACGGAGGAAAUGUGUCGAUGGAGGAUGGUGAAAUGGUCAUGUGUUCACCGGAGAAGCCAUGUAACCAGUCAGGAUAUACAUGUAAUAGAGCAGGUUACUGUUGUCCAGCUAAAGUCUACAAAGGUUACUGUCCUAAUGGUGGUAAACCAGCAUACCAUGAUGGCCGACCCGCAACUUGUCAUGAUAACAAGUCAUGUGAUGGAGGGAUGUACCACUGUGAUGGUGGCUACUGUUGUCCUCAGAGUGUUGUAUUUAGUGGACCAUGUCCCAAUGGUGGGAUGGCAGCACAGAUUGACGGUACAGAUAAACAGUGUGACAGAGAUGUGGACUGUGGAGGAAGCUACCAGUGUACCAAUAACUAUUGUUGUCCAGUCACUAUACAAUCUGGGAUGUGUCCAUUUGAUGGAAUCCCACAGAUGACAGAGAUGGGAGAACCUCGCAUGUGUAACAGGACCUCUAAAUGUAUGUCAAAGUCAUAUGGUUGUGAGGGAGUGUACUGCUGUCCCCGGAGAUUUUCUACUGAUGGUAUAUGUCAAGGUGAUGCUGUACCGGAAUUGAUGGACAAUGUGGUGAGGAAAUGCCCCAAUAACACUAGAUGUGGGGCAGGAUACACCUGUCACUUUGACCACUGUUGUCCUGCAAGGGUCUUUACAGGUGUUUGCGCCAAUGGAGGAAAUGUGUCGAUGGAGGAUGGUAAAAUGGUCAUGUGUUCACCGGAGAAGCCAUGUAACCAAUCAGGAUAUACAUGUAAUAGAGCAGGUUACUGUUGUCCAGCUAAAGUCUACAAAGGUUACUGUCCUAAUGGUGGUAAACCAGCAUACCAUGAUCGCCGACCCCAAACUUGUCAUGAUAACAAGUCAUGUGAUGGAGGGAUGUACCACUGUGAUGGUGGCUACUGUUGUCCUCAGAAAAUUGCCUUCAGUGGUUUCUGUCCCUAUGGUGGUAUUGCUGAGAAGACAGACAACAAAGAUCGUGAAUGUACAAACAAUGUGACAAGUAAAUGUGGUCUGACAUAUUCCUGUACAAAUAGCAUCUGCUGCCCAGGCAUCUUCAACGAUCGCAUGUCAUACUGUCCGUUUGGAGGAUUAGUGGAAAUGAAGAAUGGACAGCCUAGAACAUGUAAUGAGAGUCAAACAGGCCUGCAGUGUCGAGCACGAUCACACAGCUGUCUUGAUGGCUAUUGCUGCCCUAACAAGGUCAUCCUUGAAGGUUAUUGUCCUGGAAGAUCUAUACCUGAGAUGAUAGGAGAUGUACCCAAGAGAUGUGAGGAAACCAAUGACACCAAUAUCUGCAGCUCAGAUUCCUUCUGUGUGAACAAUAUGUGUUGUCCUAGAGUUAUCAUUGCAGAUGGCCCAUGUAAAUACGGAGGUGAAAUGAAAAGUGAUACUUUGGGCAUGCCUGUACCUUGUGACAUGACAGAGGGGUCAUGUGGCACCACCCACACCUGUGAGGAUGUUGCAGGCAGCAUGGCUUGUUGUCCACGAACAGUCAACAUCUCUCACAUACAGGAACCCUGUGGUCCUGGACCUGGCCCCUUACUCAGCAAGGAUGGCAGUUCUGCCCUCCUUUGUGAAGACAACACUACAUGUCCAAAUGCAUUCUCUUGUCUCCAAAUGACAGGACAAAGUUUCCGGUUGUGUUGCCCAAUCAGACUUUCACCUGUAAAGCGUGGUCAGUGUCCUCCUCUGACCAAUGGUACUAUUGGAAUAUGCUUGGAGCAGUGCUCAGAUGAUACAGAGUGCUCAGGAAACAGGAAAUGUUGUUCUAAUGGCUGUGGACACACCUGUCAGAAUCCUGUUUCACCUGUAAAGCGUGGUCAGUGUCCUCCUCUGACCAAUGGUACUAUUGGAAUAUGCUUGGAGCAGUGCUCAGAUGAUACAGAGUGCUCAGGAAACAGGAAAUGUUGUUCUAAUGGCUGUGGACACACCUGUCAGAAUCCUGAUAAUGGAUAUGAACUGUGUGGUAAAGACAAACCCCUGGAAUAUAAGAAUGGUACUGCCCUGUAUUGUAGUAGGGGUGGACAACAGUGUCCACGUGACUCUGUCUGUACAAUAGAAGGAAGUGAUCAAUAUGGUGUCUGUUGCCCAACUACUGCUUAUAAAGAGAAGAAGAUGUGUGCUAACUUCCGAGGUGGUUACCCUAUGCGUUUUCGUAAUGGUACCUACUAUGACUGCAGUAAUGGGAAGGACUGCCCCUAUAAUUCACGAUGUAUGACGGACAAGAAUGGGACCUAUGCUGUAUGCUGUAGUUUUGCUGGUGGUGAUGACAAACCUUGUAACUACUUCCGAGGGGGAGAAGAAAGAAAAUACCCAAAUGGCACCUCUCUGUUUUGUGGUCGUGGCCCCCACAGUGUGACCUGUCCAUCAGACACUAAUUGCACCAUCCACCCUACUGAUCGUUUUGCUGUGUGCUGUCCAAAAAAUGCAUCCAAGCCAGGCACAUGUCCAAAAACAGAUGAGGUUACUACAGAAAAGAAUGGAGACACAUGUGCUGAUGUCUGCACCGUAGACACUGACUGUGAUGGACAUAUGAAGUGCUGUUCAAGAGGAUGUGGCCUCACCUGCCAAAAACCAGUAAAGAGAAAGCCCAAAACAGAUUGUCAGAAGAGACAGAUGAAGGUAGCUAUGUCUUUACUGACAGAAGGAGAUGUAUGUGCCAGUGUGUUCAUCCCAAGAUGUGAUCGUAAUGGUAACUACAGUCGCACUCAGUGUCAGGACAACACAGGUGUGUGUUGGUGUGUGUACUCUAAUGGUACAGAAAUUCCGAAUACCAGGAGGAUUGGACGACCCCAAUGUGGUAAAGCUACAAGGCCUGGCCAGUGUCCUGUAAUGACUGAGGUGGGAGAGAAUGACCCCACACCUUCAUGUUCAAUACAGUGUAGCUCUGAUGACGACUGUCUAGCUGGACAUCGCUGUUGUGAACAUGCUGUCUGUGGACCAAUGUGUCAGCCUAUCAGAGAAAAUCCAGAGCCUGAAAUGUGUCCAGCUGGGGUGAAGGCUAUGUGCUGCGACUUCCUUCAGUGUGUCGACCAUAUGUGUCCUGCACAUCCAUGGGCAAAAUGUCGAAUGAACCCGUGUGGAGGCUGUCGUGUGGAGUUUUACGACAAAUAUAGCAACAAAGUCAAUUGUACAGAAGGUAUGACCCCAUGCCAGUUACAGCGGAUGAAUGCACACAUGAGGAAAAGUAAUGCUACACGCAAAGAACGCAUCUGGAAAUACAUAUAUAUGAUCAAACAAGAGGAGGAAGGGGUCAAACGAGAGGAAAAAGAAACUACCAAGUCUGAGGACACAAUACCAAAGAUAGAGGAGACAGAUAAGAUGGAUGAAGUGUGUAGUCUGCCAAUGGAGAAGGGUCCCUGCAAGGCCUAUAUCUAUAGAUACUAUUAUAAUCACACUCAAGGCCUGUGUAUGAAGUUUAAGUAUGGUGGCUGUAAUGGGAACAAGAACAACUUCGAGGAUUCAGACACGUGUUAUAAGACCUGUUCUCCCUAUAAAGCUGUGCCUCCAUUCUGUGUGCCCAAACCACAAGUAGGUCCUUGUGAGGCCCUCAUUCCGAAGUAUUUCUACAAUGUUACUGCGGAAAAGUGUGAAAUGUUCUACUGGGGUGGUUGUGGAAAAGACCUCACCAACAACUUUGACUCUAAGGACAUUUGUAUGAAAAAAUGUGCUCCAUUUGAUGUUUGUCACAGAAGGAAUUGUGGGCCAGAGUAUACAUGUAAACCGACUGGUUACAACGAAGCUGACUGUAUUCCCAAGAACCAGGUGCAGUCUGUGUUCCAGCCCUAUGUACCCCGCUGUGAAAAGGAUGGUUCCUUUUCUCCCCAGCAGUGCAUUGGUGACACCUGUUGGUGUGUGGAUAGUCUUGGUCGCCCUGACAACAACACCAUCUCUAUGGGAUAUGCCAACUGUACAGGUUCUGACACUGGAGGACAAGCACCAAGUAAAACCCCAAUUACAUGUUUUAUUGUAGUGUGCCCAGACAACACCCGACCAAUGGUUUGUGAAGACAAGUGUCAGAAGAUGACAUGUGGUGGUCGCAGUGAUGUCCAGUGUCUGAUUAACCCAUGUCAGGGCUGUCAAGUCAAGUUUGUGGAUCAGGACAACAAUGAAGUGAGCUGUGACGUGGAUCCUUGCGACAUGAAUGAGCCACAAAUGAUUGCCAAGCCAGCGGGUGGCUGUGUAAAUGGAGCACGUAGAUGGUUCUUCAAGAAGAGCACACAAACAUGUGAAAUCUUCAAGUAUGCCAAAAACUGCUAUGGCAAAGACACCUAUUUUAAAUCCCUGCUUGACUGUCAGAACAAAUGUCGAGGCUCCCCGUGCGGUGAGACUGGUGUGGUGAGGACCUGUACAAAUGACUGUGCCAACAUGACCUGUCAGUUUCACCCAGAUGCCACCUGUAAAGUAAAUCCAUGUAAUUGUGAUGCACAUUUCUAUGACCCUGUCACCCUAGAGCCUGUCAACUGCUCUCAGUUAACCACUCAGUGCCAGAAGAACCGUACUAAGGCAUUUAUGAUGUACAGUGAGAGAGCUGCUGCUGGUACAGCCGACACAAACAUCAUCUUACCUCAGUGUAGAGAGGACGGAUACUUCUCUAACCAGCAGUGUAAUGAAACCAGCUUAAUCUGCUGGUGUGUCAACGGUGCAGGCCAAGAGGUAGCGGGGACAAAGGUCAGGGUCAGCUCAACCAACUUAGACAUCGGUUGUUCGGACAACAAUGUUACUGAAGCACUGGUCAGUCUAAUAUUUAACUAUGACUUUAAUCUGGUCCGAGGCAAGAAGGCAGCUUUCAAAGGAGUCAUAAGGACAUUGCGGGAGGGAAGUAUUGUGGCAGAUCUGACAGUGAACGGAGAAGCUGACCCAACUGCUGUGGCUACCGAGAUCGAGGAAAAUGUGAAGACUGGGAGCCUGCAGGUUGUGUUUGAGGGAAAUAUACUGACAGCUGACCCGUCUAGUGUACGGACAGACUUUGUGUUCCAGGCUCAGACCGGCGAUAAAAAUGAUAUUCCCAUUGUACGCCGAGAUGGAGGGGACAACACAGCUGUCAUCGCUCUUAUCAUCACUAUUGUUGUUCUUGCUGCAAUCUUGAUAAUUGUUGCUUUAUUUAUCCUUCGCAAGAGAUCGCAAGAAAAGAAUGAUUUCUCUAGUUUAGAGGACUCCGGGAAUCGAGGCCACACGAAUGCUGUAUACAAUCAGGUGUAUGAGAAAACGUGAGUGUCCAGGUGUGUGU